UUUAGCCUGUAUUUCUGUUCUUGGUGUUAAUCAGCAAUAACCGAUAGGAGACCUUAUUAUUUUGCUGCAGCAGGUCUUUUGAAUGAUCAGGGACGGGUGGGUAUCCCGCAGCCUCUGCCUGUGAAGAUCUGUCCAAACCGGAGGCUGGGGUACCGCAGCCAGCGAGAGGGGCGAUGGCUGCUGGGGCGCGAUGCGGGGGAACAGUGGACGAGUACCGGGCAGAAGUAGAGCGUCUCACCCACGAACUGGCCGAGGCAAAUCAGGAGAAAAUGAGAGCAGCAGAAUGUGGUCUGGUGGUUUUGGAGGAGAACCAGACGCUGAAGCAGCAGUAUGCCGAACUGGAGUCCGAUCAAGACAUUCUAAAGCGGGAGUUAGAACAAUUACAGGAGGCGUUUGGCCAGGCGUACUCCAAUCAGCGCAAGGUGGCGGAGGACAGUGAGACCAACGAGGAGACGCUGCUGCGGGAGUCGGCAUCCAAGGAGGCGUACUACUCUGGGCGGCUGCUGGAGCUCCAGACGGAGCUGAGCCUCAGCAAGUCGGUGGCGUCCAAUGGCCAGGCGGAGAGCGAGAGGCUGGGCGUGGUCGUGGGCGACCUCAAGGAGAACAACGACCUGCUGGAGGUCCAGAGGAGCAGGAUGAGGGAGGAGAUCAAGGAGUACAAGUUCCGGGAGGGCCGGCUGCUGCAGGACUACACGGAGCUGGAGGAGGAGAACAUCACCCUGCAGAAACUGGUCUCCACGCUCAAGCAGAACCAGGUGGAGUACGAGGGUCUGAAGCACGAGAUCAAGGUGCUGGAGGAGGAGACGGUGCUGCUCAACAGCCAGCUGGAGGACGCCCUGCGGCUGAAGGACAUCUCCCAGGGCCAGCUGGAGGAGGCGCUGGACUCGCUGAAGAGCGAGCGCGAGCAGAAGAACAACAUGAGGAAGGAGCUGGCGCACCACAUCAGCCUGACGGACAGCGUGUACGGCGCCGGGGCCCACCUGGCCCUCACCGUCACCGGGGUGGAGAACAUCAAGUUCCCCGAGGACGCACUGGGGGGCCCUGGCCUGCCCCUGGCCAACGGCGGCAGCGAGGACAGCAACCGCUGCCCGGGGCACCUGCACGCUGCGGGCGCCGUGCUGGCCAAGAUCAACGGAGUGGAGUACCGGCCCGGGCGCAAGGGGGAGGGGCUGCUGCCUGUGUCAGACCUGUUCAGCGAGCUCAACCUGUCGGAGAUGCAGAAGCUCAAGCAGCAGCUGCUUCAGGUGGAGCGUGAGAAGGCGGCGCUGCUCAUGACCCUGCAGGAGUCUCAGACCCAGCUGCUGCACACGCAGGGCGCCCUCAGCGAGCAGCACGAGCGCGUGCACCGCCUCACCGAGAGGGUCAACGCCGCCAACGGCCUCCGUGGCGACAAGGAGUCGGAGGACUCGCAGCGGAGCGAGAAGCCCGACGGGGGCACGCCCUCGCCGCCGGCCAACGACGCCCCCCACGACUACGACCCGGACAUCCGUGGGUUUGAGGUCCUGGAGUGCAAGUACAAGGUGGCGGUGCUGGAGGUGAUCGACCUGAAGGCCGAGCUGAAGGCGCUGAAGGAGAAGUACAACAAGGCGCUGGAGGGGGCGGCGGAGCGGGGCCAUGGGGAGAGCUGCAGGGGGGAGGACUGCCGGGCCAAGGCGCUGGACGAGCAGGUGUGCGGUCUGGAGCGCAGCUGCCGUGAGGGCCGGGAGCGGGUGGGGUGCCUGGAGGCGGAGCUCCGCUCGGCCAGCGCCGUGGCGACGGAGAGCCACGGCAUGCUGAACACGGCGCAGGACGAGCUGGUGACCUUCAGCGAGGAGCUGGCGCAGCUGUACCACCACGUCUGCCUGUGCAACAACGAGACGCCCAACCGGGUCAUGCUGGACUACCUCCGCCAGCGCCGCCUGCCGCGCAGCAGCCUCAAGGGCUCGGACGACGUCCGGGCGCUGCUCACCCCGCGCCUGGCCCGCCGUCUGGCCGCCGUGGCCGCCGCCUGCUCCUCCGCCGACUCGCCCAGCCCCCCGCGCAGCCCCAUGGACUCCCCCUCCAAAGAGGCCCCGUCUGGGGAGGGCCAGACCAACGGCAUCACCCCCACCACCACCACCACCAACACCACCAACACCACCAACACCACCAACGGAGACAGGGGCUCUCCGCUGGGGUGCCAGGGCAGCCCCCCCCGCUGCCCCCUCGGCCUCUCCCCCUCCCUGUCCCCGGGCCCCUCGGAGGCGGGCAGCGACCUGCGCAAGGAGCCCAUGAACAUCUACAACCUCAACGCCAUCAUCCGGGACCAGAUCAAGCACCUGCAGCGGGCGGUGGACCGCUCCCUGCAGCUGUCCCGGCAGCGGGCCGCCGCCCGGGAGCUGGCGCCCAUGCUGGACAAGGACAAGGAGUCGUGUCUGGAGGAGAUCCUCAAGCUCAAGUCCCUGCUGAGCACCAAGAGGGAGCAGAUCGCCACGCUGCGGCUGGUGCUCAAGGCCAACAAGCAGACAGCAGAGGGGGCACUGGCCAACCUGAAGAGCAAAUACGAGAAUGAGAAGACCAUGGUGACGGAGACCAUGAUGAAGCUGAGGAACGAGCUGAAGGCUCUGAAGGAAGACGCCGCUACCUUCUCCUCUCUGAGGGCCAUGUUCGCCACCAGGUGUGACGAGUACGUGACCCAGCUGGACGAGAUGCAGCGGCAGCUGGCGGCGGCGGAGGACGAGAAGAAGACGCUGAACUCCCUGCUCCGCAUGGCCAUCCAGCAGAAGCUGGCGCUGACCCAGCGCCUCGAGGACCUGGAGUUCGACAACGAGCUGACCUACCGCGGCCGCGGCACCAAGGGGCCCAAGAUCAGGAGCAGCCCGCCCAAAUCUCUUGUAGAUUGUCAGCAGCCUGCUGCUGCCACGUUACCGCCACUUUCCCCACAAGUAAGGCGAGGGAGAGUCCCAGCGGGCCCCAGUCCUUACCUGGUGGUGGACCUCCAGGGGUACCGCUACACAGCCCUCCCCACUGGCUCCCGGCUCCCCCCCUUUGAACCCCGGAACUGCCUGACCCAGCCACAACAACCCCCUGGUACCUAACCUCCAGCCCCACCUCUCCAUCCAUAGACCCCU